AUGAGCGUCAGUCAGACCGCACCAGUGCGUCAAGGCAGGUUGUUACAGCGAGCUACCUGGCUUCUAGUUCUGGUCCUCCACGCUCUCUCCUUCGCGUUCUGCCAUGGAUGCUCCGUCUUGAUAUCAGCAGAGCCUCACCACGACUGCCAGGAAAGGACGUGGGUGCUAGAGGGAGGAGUGAAGGGUCACUGGAGCCAGGGGAUAGACAUCCUCGUCUUCGAGUGCGAAAUGGUCAACCUUGUGCUGAUGGCGUCAGGUUGUGAGGCAGCAGAGCAGCAGCCGGUCAAAGUGAGGAUCGACACGGGCGAGCACUUUAUCCAUAGGGGGAGCUACACCUCCUCCGAGCAGCCCUCUUUCCGCCUCGAGAUCCCUGGCGUCUCCGAGUCCGGCAUUGACGUUCCCCUCCUGCACCUUGCCGAUGGCAUGUACAACCUGACUGCCCACUUCGGACAUCCCCUUCACCUUGCGGCCAGCACCAUGUUCGCCAAGCUCUCUCCCCACGUCAACCCUGCUCUGGAGGUCAUGUUCCCUCCCCAACGGUACACUUUCGGCAACGACAUGGAGCCUUUCCUGCAGGUCUACGUGCAGGACCGUGACGCUUCCAUAGCAGCAUCAGGAACCACAGCAGGAGCAUCGAAGCAGCUCGCGUUCUACCUGAACAUCACGAUCAGGAGGCUCGAGGGAGAAGAGGUGGUGGAGGAGAAGACGGUCAUGGAAUGGUCGCCGAAUUCACGGAAAAUCUUUCUCGGGAGGCACAUGGAGGCAUCGGGAACUUACAAGAUCGAGAUGGUGAUCUAUGAUGCUGUGCUCCGUCCGACAGAUGCUCGAGAAGAAGUCCUUGUCAUGAUCUCCCACUCAUCGCGCUCCCCUCUCGCCUGCAUCGCUGGGGAACCAGAGUGUACCCCUCAGGCGACAGACAGGACGGGAGAGGAAUGGUUUCAGGGGGGGAAUCAUUCUACCUUCCUCGAUCGACUGGUUGAUGCCGUCCAAUCUCAUUGCCCGCAGAUUUCACCGCAGGACAGACAUUGUCGGGACAAGGAGCAGGAUGCUUGCAGCGGACAUGGGUGGUGUUUGGACAGUUUCUGCUACUGCUAUCAAGACUAUGCUGGUCCGAAAUGUGAUACCCACUUGCUGUCUGCUCUGCAAUAUUUGCCCUCCUCCUAUCCGACGCAGGACGUGUCCCACUGCCAUCAAAGUAUUGCUCUGUCGAGGGGGAUGGAGGGCCUGUCGCGAACUUAUAAUGCUCUGCAAAAUCCAGCUGUAUGUGAUGAUAGCAAGUCUAUUCAGCGGAGGUUCAACAAGACCCAAGGGCUGGGCGUCACUUUCCGUUGGCUCUCCCUCUCUCUCCUCUUGUCUCUUGCAGAGCAGAAGACGCUGCUGAUCGGAGGGAAGUGGCGAGCUUUCAACUUCGAAGGAUGCAGCGAUCGCGGGCUCUGGUGCUACCUCCUGCCCAGCAGCAACUGUAGCGUGAGCAGUUGGCGCUGGGAGGAGAUCAGUGAGAAAGAUUUCUAUAUGCCACAGGUGCUUGUCGUCCCCUCUGAAGGGAUCGACCAGGGGCAGCUGUGGUGGAGCUCGCAGAUGACGCAUCUGAUCAUGAGGCCCUCAGUUGACUUGAAAGAGAAGGUGCGACGGAUCAAGGUGAAGGAGGAGGAGGAGGAGGAGGAGGAGGAGGAGGACUGA